AUGGCUGUGCCCUUGUCCAGUCGUGAUGUGCCCUUGUGCUCCCCCACCCCAGGGGCCAUCCUGGACAUCACCCUGAUCGCCAACGUGCAGAGCCUGUCCCACUCCGACUUCUUCCUCUCCUGUGUCAUGGGGGAGCGUGACGUGAGUUACCUGCAGAUCGAGCGGGAGAACAAGAUCGUGAUGACGCACCCCAAGACGGGCUUCCAAAACUACCGCAACCGCAGCAACCACGUCCAGGCCAGGGGCUUCUCCAUGGCCGAUCUGGUGGGGAUCCUCUACUGCCUGGGGCGCACCCCGACUGAGCAGGCCCAGGUGGUCUACGUGCACAACAGCCACAACGCCCACCUCUUCCCGGUGAAGGCCACGCUGUCUGUGAACGUCGCUGAGCCGGCCACCUUCUCUGCCAGGGUCCUCAAGAGGAAGGAGAUGGACGUUAUGUGGAAAAGAAAUGGCACCUACUACCAGACCACGGACCGGGGCGAGGUGCAGGGCAACCUCGUCACCCUGACGCUCCCCAAUGUCAGCGUGACUGAAAACGGGGUCUACAGCGCCACGUUCAUGGGGGACAGCCCUCUGUGGAGCGCCUUCUACCGCCUGAUCGUGCGAGCCUGCCCUGCCAGGAAAUGGGGACCGUCCUGCAAGAAGGACUGUCCCGACUGCCUGAACGGCGGCGUCUGCCACGACCAUGUUGGCGAAUGCAUCUGCCCUCCUGGGUUCAUGGGCACCCGCUGCGAGCGAGCCUGCCGGGAAGGUCAGUUCGGCCGCAACUGCCAGGAGACGUGCCAGAGAGCCCAGGGCUGCCAGGGGCUGAGCUUCUGCCUGCCGGACCCCUACGGCUUCCCUGCCAGUGACAGUGUGGAGCUGCGCAAGGCUGACGGCACCGUGCUCAAGCUCAUCAAAGCCAUCAUUGAGCCGGGGCAGAUCACCUGCGAGUUUCAGGUGCGGCACCUGACAAAGGCAGACACGGGGCUCUGGGAGUGCCGGGUCUCCACGACCGGAGGCCAGGACAGCCGGAAAGUCAAAUGGGGGGUGCCACCAGAGCCCCUGAGCCCCCCACGGCUGCUGGCCAAGCAGAGCCGCCAGCUCGUGGUGUCACCCGUGGACUGCUUCUCUGGCGAUGGACCCAUCACCUCCAUCAAGCUGCUCUACAAGCCCAAGGACGACACCUCAGCGUGGUCAUCCAUUGUGGUUGACAACAGCGAGAAUAUCACCCUCAUGAACCUCCGGCCAGUGACUGCCUACAUCGUCAAGGUGCAGCUGAGCCGGCCAGGGGAUGGUGGGGAGGGCAGCAAGGGGCCUGAGGCCGUCAUGGUGACCGAGUGCCUCGAGCCCACAGUCAAGCCUGUGAUCGAAGGUUGGUCCAUAGAGGAAAAAAACACACUUCACGUCAGCUGGAAAUUGUCAAGUGGCCACGAGCCAGCACACGGGUUCAUCGUCCGCCUCUUUGACUCUGCAAGGCGGCUGGUCUGUGAGAAAAACAUCACAUCCAUCUCCGUGCUCUCUGCCCGCAUCGGGGACCUGGAGUUCAACAAGGAGUACUGGCUGCUGGUGCUGGUGUACCACUGCACCAGCCUGGGGCCCCCCUCCGACCUCUACAAGGUCAUGAUCAACAGCAAAGGCCCCUCCUCCCCACGAUCGCUCUCAGCAGAGUCCGUGUCUGACACCGCCGUCAGGCUCUCCUGGCAGGUCCCCGAGUACCCGAACGGGGGCAUCACCAAGUACAUCGUGGAGCUGCAGCAGGUGGGGGGGACCAGCGAGCCCCAGUGGAUCGACACCGACAGUGGCGCUGAGACCACCAAGAUCGUCGGGGGCCUCAACGCCAGCACCAGCUACCAAUUUCGCGUUCGGGCCAACUCCCAUGUCCCAGGGGAGUGGAGCCAACCUGUGAAAGCCAAGACCCUGGGGGACGGAGCGCUGAGCGUGCCGCCCAGCCUGGGCAGCCAGAGCACCGAGCAGGCAGGAAUAGACCAGCAGCUGCUCUUGGCCAUCGUCGGCUCCCUGUCUGUCACCUGCCUCACCAUCCUCUUUGCCCUCCUGGCACUCUUCCUCAUCAAGAAGAAUUUUUUCCACCGGCGUCGCACCUUUACCUACCAGUCUGGCUCGGGGGAAGAGACCAUCCUGCAGUUCAACUCGGGGACACUGACCCUGACGCGCCGGCCCAAGCCACAGCCUGAGCCCCUCAGCUACCCCAUCCUGGAGUGGGAAGAUAUCAAGUUUGAGGACAUGAUCGGAGAGGGCAACUUCGGGCAGGUCAUCAGGGCCAUGAUCAAAAAGGAUGGCCUCAAAAUGAAUGCAGCCAUCAAGAUGCUGAAAGAGUUUGCUUCAGAGAAUGACCAUCGGGACUUUGCCGGGGAGCUGGAGGUGCUGUGCAAACUGGGCCAUCACCCCAACAUCAUCAACUUGCUGGGUGCCUGCGAGAACAAGGGCUACCUGUACAUCGCCAUUGAGUAUGCUCCCUAUGGAAACCUCCUCGACUUCCUCCGCAAAAGCCGAGUCCUGGAGACGGACCCGGCCUUUGCUAAGGAGCACGGCACCGCCUCCACCCUCACCUCCCAGCAGCUCCUCCAGUUUGCUUCAGACGUGGCCAAGGGGAUGCAGUACUUGAGUGAGAAGCAGUUCAUCCACAGGGACCUGGCAGCCAGGAAUAUCCUGGUGGGAGAAAACCUGGCCUCCAAGAUUGCCGACUUUGGCCUCUCCAGAGGGGAGGAAGUCUACGUGAAGAAGACAAUGGGCCGCUUGCCGGUUCGCUGGAUGGCCAUCGAGUCCCUGAACUACAGUGUGUACACCACCAAGAGCGACGUGUGGUCGUUUGGUGUCCUGCUCUGGGAGAUCGUCAGCUUGGGGGGGACGCCAUACUGCGGGAUGACAUGCGCCGAGCUCUACGAGAAGCUGCCGCAGGGCUACCGCAUGGAGAAGCCACGCAACUGCGACGAUGAGGUGUACGAGCUGAUGCGGCAGUGCUGGCGCGACCGUCCCUAUGAGCGCCCGCCCUUCGCCCAGAUCUCCAUGCAGCUCAUCCGCAUGCUCGAGGCCAGGAAGGCCUACGUGAAUAUGGCCCUGUUCGAGAACUUCACAUAUGCUGGGAUCGAUGCCACUGCCGAGGAGGCGUGA